AUGAAGGAUCAUUUUCCUUUUACCAUCAAGAAACUACUACCUGGUUGCUGGAAGUACUUGGCUCAUGUGUUUGUGAGCUAUAUUUCCGGGAGGAGAUCAGGUCCCAAUGAGAUUUCUCUCUUGAACACAGGAGCUAUUGCAGCCCUGGCAUCAGGGAUUGAAUUCAAUUUUUCAAAAUUUAUUUUGCAUGAAUUGAUUCUCAAUAUUGAAGGAAACAAGAGGGAAAAGUUCUUGAUGUACCCAAUGUUUCUUCAAAUUAUCUUUAAUGUCAUGCAUCCCGAGAUCGAAAGGGGAAAUGAAACACUGGAUCUCAAGUCUAUUGAUCCAAAUAAUGAUCAUUCGGAAUCAGAAAAUCUUUCUAAUCCAACAGAAACUGAAGAUGUUGUGAUUUCAAUUUCAGAGCCAGAAAAUAAAGAAGUUGAUGUUUCACCUGCAGCGGCUGUGGCUGAGGAACAUGAUCACUUACAUGAUAUAGAUGUUGAAGGAAAUUUUGAUCGAGAGGCAGGAGAUGAGGACUUCAGCGGUGAUGAUGAUUUUCCGAAAGAGCUGGAUUUUACUGGGAUCAGUGAUGAUAUCCCCUCGAGUAUUGAACUUAAUCUCGAUGAUGAUGAGUUUGGUCCACUUCCGGGAUUCGACAGCAGGUGCUUUAAAAAGGUCAAUGAAGUUUCUCAACUAGCAACUGAGACUGGGGAAGAUGUUAGUGCUCUCAAAAUUUUGCUUUCCGCUUCAAAACCUAUGGAGGUGUCUUCAGGUCCAACAGAUGUGGUUUCAGAGAUUCCUCCCUCUGGAGUUUCUACUGUAAGCCAAGUACCACCAGUCUCAUCUACGGUUACCACCACCACACUCUCUACUCCACCAAUACCAUCCGAAGAAGGCCCGAGCACAAUGUAUGAACCUCACGGAAUUGUAGAUCCUCCCGUGGCUCCCAACCAAUCCACAUAUGACGAUUUUCCAGUUGAUCCACCUCCUCCAAGAACAACUACCGUUGUUAAUCGGUUUGAUAGAGAACCUGAAAACAACAGAUCUCACAUCAGAAUCAAGCAAGGAAAAAGGACCGUCACUGCCAGCAAAAGUGAUGGGUUACUUUUCAUGAAAAACUCGAAUGAAAAUCACAAAGCUAAAGAUCAUGUUCUGACUGUGACUGAUCUCAAAAAGAGAAAGUUUGGUGACGAGUAUGGAGAUCGAUCUGGAAUCCAAAUGUGGGCUUUUGAUCCCAGGUUGAAUAUGUGGGUCGUAAAUAGGAACUCUGGUGUCCCUGAGUAUUACAAAAGUGUUCAUGAUUUCAACUCGUGA